AUGGACAAGGAUGCCCCUAUGUACACCCUCUCAUCGACUACCCAGCCAUUCUACUACUUCCGUGUCAACCCCACAUCCGCAUCUGCUAUUGUAACUCUUUCGAGGCACGACCCUGCCAAGAUAUGUAAGGGACCGCCGUCAUCCGGCUCAACCACGAGAUCGGGAAGCACUCGGAGCAGCAUUUUAAGCAUCCCUCUUAGUCCCAAGUUUGCCGAUAAGCACUGGCAGGAGGUGCUAAGCACCUCACUUGAGGCGAGCUCUCGGCGGCACCGUCCCAACGACGGCCUCGUGGCACAUCUCGCCCCAACGCAGGCCGUCAAGAUCAUGGCCGACAAGCCGGAGGACGAGGGUGCCGCAUAUCUAGCUGAGCUGGAAUGUGCGCGUCUCGUGUGGGAUGAUGACUCGUCCAGCCACUUCCUAGUACACCCGGCCCUCGCGACGCCAUUUUGCGUUACCGUCGAGCGCUGCGCCGCAUGGAGUCGCGUGGAGUAUACCCUCGAGCAUCACGAGUCGCCCAAUCACCUUGCGCGUCUCACUCGCGACGGCACCGGGGUAGGAUACCUCGAGGUUGACACCGCCCUCGCCUCCAAGAUUGAGAGCUAUUUCCUCAUUGAUGUCGCGGUGGCCGCCCUCCUCACCGUGGCCGCCUCCGACGCCCGUGCCGCCGCCGCCGAGACUUUUGAGCCCCCGCCAACCCUCCCGAUAUGGUCCACCUCGCGACCCCCGCUCCGACCGCUUCAGCCUCGUUACCAACGCCAUUUCGAAGAAGCUGACGAAGAAGGCGCCGACCCACGAGUUCGAGAUCUACGACGUCGAGAGCCAGGAAGACUAUGGCUCCAAAAUGAAAAAGGCCAAGAAGUUGAAGGCCAAGAAACCCAAGCGCGACGGGUCGAGGUUUAG